CCGAUGGUUAAAGGAUUUCAACUGAUUACGAUUAGAAAAAAAACACUUGAAGUCUUAGUUAUGAAAAUUAACAAUAAACGAUUUGUAAUAAGUUGAGUUCACUUAAUAAAAGAAGAUUAACUCUUUUUCUAAACAGGACGUGGACGGUAUAUACUACAAAUUUGUCAAUAAGAAAGUAGACCCUGUGUUUAGUUGGCGACUGGCGUAGGGAAAUACAGAUUGUAUAGUUCGAAUGAAUGCAGUUAUCGCGUUGUUCAUUUUCUGACAAGUUUCCGUCUCGGUCCCUCUCGCAAGUUUCGUCCGGUCUAGACGAUCUGUUAAAAUAAAAGACCUACUCGAAAGCCGUCGAUCUAGUUUAUUCGAGCACUUGACAGUUCUCUUCGAAGUUCCAUUAAGUUGACCGAUUUAUCUUCAUAUCUUUGCCAAUCCGAAGAAACGUAAAAUGUUCCUGUUCGGAUCUUUGCCGGGGGAAGUUGAAGAAGACCCUUUCGUCGGGGGACAUAUGUGGCACAUGAACCAAAUGAUGAACGGCUUCUUCAGAGACCCAUUUCAAGAUAUGAUGGGGAUGAUUGGCAAUGACGCAGCUUAUCGAGGUGGUCAUCCCCAUAGAAGUUCAACAAACAGCAUAAUGGGCGACUUGGCAACGGGUGGUGGGAUUGGUGAGCUCAUGCCAUUUGGAUUUCCCAACUUAGGACGAGUUUUCCAAGAUAUGAACAAUGCAAGUGGACACAUGACAAGUAUGAGCACUGUUAUGACAAUGACGCAAGGCCCAGAUGGACGUCCACAGGUUUAUCAAGCUUCAACAUCAACAAGGCAGGGGCCAGGAGGGGUAAGAGAGACUAAAAAAACUGUGGCCGAUUCAAGAACAGGUGUUAAGAAGAUGUCUAUUGGCCAUCAUAUUUAUGAUAGGGCACAUGUAAUAGAACGGGAACAAAACGUAUAUUCAGGAGACCAGGAGGAGCGCCAGGAAUUCAUAAAUUUAGACGAAGAUGAUGCAGAAGAAUUUCAACAAGAGUGGGAAGCCAAGACGAGGAGCACUAGAACUGCAAUUGGAUAUGGUGGAGCCCAGCCACAUGGUUCAAGACGUUACAAACGGGAUAGGGCGCAACCACAGCUUGCACUGACUUCAGGCACUUCACAGGAAGAACCCCAGCAGCCAAGAUACUGUGAUGUUGCUAAUAAAUUGAAAUCCAAGAAAAGUUCUUCAAGACACUCUGUAAGAAAUGCACUUAAAGCUCAGACUACCUCUGCACUCCCUCAGACUACAUCCAUUGCUGCUAAGAUUGCUCAUAGGUACGGACGGAAAUACUGAUGAGCCUUAUAAAAUGUUUAUCUCUUUGGAAAUAUAGCUUUUUAAUGAUAGAUUAAGGAAAUUUGUAAUCUAAUCAUCAUGGACAAUUUGAAAUAAUCACGGAUUCUUGAUUUGUAGUGCACAUUUUAUUUUAUAAAUUAUAAUAAACUGGCACCUUUUUCUCUGUAUGUAUACCACAUACACCAUAUUUAAAUAAUGGUUAUUAUCGUUGCGUAUCAAAAAUAAAAAAUAAAAAAAGAAGAACGUGCUGUUUUGUUUUUAUUACUGUGACCUUUUUUAACAACUCAAGAACCAGCUAUGAUGGUUUAACGUUAAGUGUGUGUUUGCAGAUGUUGAUAUCAAAAUGUAAAAUUGUUCUAGUACAUCUGCUACAAAUGUAAACAGCUUUACAAAUUUAGUUGAACUGUAAGUUUUAAAUUGAAUCUUUGUGCUCCUACAAUUUCAAGUGAAAUAAUUCGCUUUGAGGUGAUGAACUGUACGAUUAAUCUGUUAGAUAUGAAAAAAGCAAACGAUUUGUAAAUAACAUGUUAAAAAAAGCUAGAAAAGAUAAUCUUGAUUGUUACUACACAAAAAUUUUAAGAGGAAAUAAGAGAUAGAUUGAUUAGUCUAUUAUAAUUACUAAAUAAAUUAAGCCAAAGAAGCUAAUGAGAAUAUGCCAAAGUUGAUAUGUUAAAUAUUAUAAUCAUAAAGGAUUGUUUGAAGUAUGGAAAUUGCAGAAUAAAGAGAAACUAUUAAAAAAACUGAAAACAUAACAUAAAAUAACUUGUUAAUUGCUAUCUUAUAUUUACUUUCAACCCAAUUUUUU